GGUCUUGGUUCUUUUUUCUCUAUUAAUAACGGGUUCGAAGAAACAUUAGGGCACCCAUAUUUUGAGUUUCAGCGCUUUCAAUCACCAUGGAUAUUGCUCUGUUUUCUCCAUCUUCGCUUUUUCAUGAGGAUGAUGCUUCAUCUACAGAUGAGGAAGUAGUAGAGAACUGUGAGACCUAUGUGGAGAGAAGUCACCAAUUUCCUGGAAUGGAAUUGCUCAUUCGAGAAUUUUCGUUUCACCAGAUGAAUGCUAAUCUACUAUGGCCAGGAACAUUUGCAUUUGUAGAAUGGUUAGUUCAAGAUAGGUCAAGAAUAGAAAGACGGCACAUCCUUGAGUUGGGCAGUGGAACAGGUGCAUUGGCCAUCUUUUUGAAGAAAUUGUAUGAUGUAGACAUUACGACUUCAGACUAUGAUGAUGAGGAGAUUGAAGAGAACAUAGCUCAUAAUUGUAGGGCUAAUGGAGUAACUCCUGUGCUUCCACAUAUCAAGCAUUCAUGGGGUGAUCCCUUCCCAAAUCCUCAUCCAGAAUGGGACCUCAUUGUUGCUAGUGAUAUCUUACUGUAUGUUAAACAAUAUGCAAACUUAAUAAAGACUCUUUGCUUCCUUCUAAACUCUUACAAGCCACGAGAAACGGUUGUAGCACCUCAGCCUCACGAUACCCAUUCAGAACUUCCCCGGCCGGCUUUCUUGAUGAGUUGGAGACGUAGAAUCGGGAAAGAAGACGAAUCGUUAUUUUUUACUGGAUGUGAAACCGCUGGUCUUCAAGUACAACAUUUGGGAUCCCGGGUAUAUUGUAUUUCUCCUACAAAACCGGCAAUCAAUCAUGAUUUGGCUAGUUCUUGAUGGAAAAGGUAUGCAUUUCCUAAACCUAGUUGUCGAUAAGAUCAAUCCGUUAAUGGAGCAAGCCGAGGUCUUCACCGUUCUAUCAUUUUAGAUAGAGAAUAUGUCAUCAUACAUCCCAACCCUUGUACUUUGCUUCCAAGUGGGAUAAACUGUAAACGUUUUGUUUGAUUUAUUGUGUAAUUUAAAUUUGGUAUUUGGACU